GAACUGCACUCUCCAAUCAAAAACCACAACAAACACUUCCCUCGAUUAACGACUAAUGAGCCAAGUGGAAUCAAUAAUAAACACAAUGGACGAUAAGGUUUUCAGAGAAUGGAAAUCUGUUGAGUUAAGUAACCGAUUCAUUUGGUGGAAAACAACGAAACGAUGACGACGUCGUGGAUGCCCAACGGAGUGUUAAUUGUAUUUUUGUGGAUGAGCUUGAUUGCGGGGAUUCCACGCUCGGUUUCCGCUGGUAAUGUUCUGGCCGUCUACCCCCACUUUGGUUUCAGCCACUUCAAAGUGGUGAUGCCCAUUCUCAAUGAGUUGGCUAAACGUGGUCACCGCAUCACGGUGAUCUCAUACGUGAAGAAUCCCCAGGCCAAGGAGCUGCCCACCUACGAGGAGCUACUCAUUACCGCCGCCGACGAGGAUCAGUCGAGUACCACCAUUAAUUUGGUGCCCCUUUCGGAGAAUACAGCCACCAGAUCGUUGGAUGUCCUCUUCCGGGAGUACCUGGCUCUCCACGAAGAGGGUCAGGAGACGUGUGAACGUCUCUUCGGCAGUGGUCACAUACAGACAGUACUUCAAAGGCAUAAAAAGAAGCCAUACGAUCUCCUACUCACCGAAUACUUCAACUCGGAUUGCCAACUGGUCUUGGCCAAGUUAAUGGAGCUACCGAUCAUAGGCCUAAGUACUUGUGCCCUGAUGCCGUACUACUACGAUCGUAUUGAUCUGCCGGAUACACCUUCAUUCGUCCAAUCUGAGUUUGUGGGCUUUGCCGGUUCUCUCAAGUGGCAUGAACGCCUCGUUAACUUCAUUCAGGCCAAGAUGCUGAAGCUCCUCUACAAAUACCAUUCCAAUGCUGCCGAUAAUGCUCUCAUCAAAAAAUAUCUUGGCGUGGACAUAGACACUGAGGAAGUAGCUCGCCAACAGACUGCUUUUAUUUUUGGCAACCAGCACUACUCUCUGAUGGGCAGCAGACCCCAAUCCCUUCAGUUUGUGGAGGUGGGUGGUGUCCACAUCACCAAAAAGGCAGAAAAAGAUCUUCCAGAGAAUAUUGCCAAGUUCCUAGAUGCAUCAAAGGGUGUAAUCUUUAUCAGUUGGGGUUCCAUGGUGCGAGCUUCAAGCAUAGACGAGGAUAAACUGAAUUCUAUCAUAAAAGUUUUGACUGAACAGGACUUGAAGGUGAUUUGGAAAUGGGAGGCCAAUGAAACCCCCAAAGUCGAUGGUUCCAAGUUUCUUUUUGUCAAAUGGGCACCCCAAUUAGCUCUGCUUUGUCACCCCAAAGUUAAACUAUUUUGGUCUCAUGGAGGAUUACUUGGCACUACAGAGUCUGUACAUUGCGGCAAGCCCUUGCUGGUCACUCCUAUAUAUGGUGAUCAAUUCUUAAAUGCCUUCUCGGUUCAAAACCGAGGAAUGGGCCUGAAACUGGACUAUGAACAGAUUACCAUAGAAAAUCUAAAACAAGCUUUCAGCAAGCUUAGUGAGGCUAGUUUCUCAGAACGCUCUAUCGAAAUCUCCAAGAUCUUCAACGAACGACAACAAACGCCCUUGGAACUGGCUGUUUGGUCUGUGGAACAUGUCAUACAACACGGCUUAGUGGCUGCCAAGCUUCUACAAUCUCCGGGAAUAGAACUAAAUGGCUUUAUCUACCACUCACUAGAUAGCAUAUUCCUCCUAUUAGCCACUAUUUUAUCCUUUAUCCUCUUGGCGCUCUUCUGUUGCCGAGAAAAGUCAUCGAAAAGUGCAAAUAAAAAGUCUGGCAAGAAGACUAAGAGAUCCUGAAGGCAGGCCACAUUAUUACACAUUCAAUUCAUGACAAUUUUGUAAAAUAUAAAGAUAUAUAUUAAGCAUUAGUAAAAACUA